CGCUCCAAGACUGCGUGGGGACCAACGGGCAUAUCCUUGACUUAUUUUAUUGUAUUUUUUUUUUUAACGCUGUCGAACAGGAAACCUUCGCCCACUCCGCGCCGGCGCAGCAGAGCAGAUGGACCAGGUAUCCAACUGGUCGGGAGUGGCCAGUGAUGAUUUUACAGUUGAUUCGACAUCCACAGUGGAUGUCAAGUUGAGCUCUGAUGAAGAAGAGAGCUCCGACCCUCAGGGACAGUGUCUCGCCGCACCUCAAACUCCUCUGACGACCUACAAACAGAGGUUGGAUGAAUUUAAGAGGUUGUUCAAAGAACUGCCGGAGUCAGAGAUACUCAUAGCGGACUACCCGUGUGCCCUCCAGCGGGACAUCCUCCUUCAGGGACGCCUCUACCUCGCGGAGAACUGGAUCUGUUUCCACAGCAAUGUGUUUCGGGGUACAACGAUUGCACUGACUCUUAAAGACAUCAUGACUAUGACCAGAGAGAAAACAGCUCGUCUGAUUCCCAAUGCCAUCCAGAUCUGCACAACGAUAGAGAAGUUAUUCUUCACAUCCUUCUCGGCAAGAGAGAAAAGUUACCAAGGCGUUUUCCGCAUGUGGCAAAACACGCUGUUGGACAAGCCUCUGACCAGCUUGGAGUUGUGGCAGAUGGUCAGACAGCAUUAUGGGUAUGACCUGGGCCUGAGCCACGAGGAGAUGGAGAGUUUACAGAUAUCGGCAGAAUCCAGCAUGCAGACCAGCCUGACAGUGAGGCCUGGUGGCGAUGAUGGUCUCGGGAGGCUUGAGCACCCUCAGUCCCUCCGCCUCCCUGGGAUGGAGCAUGGGCCUUUAGAGACCUCCUCUCCUCAGAGGGAGAACUCUCCUUCCCCUCUCAGCUCGCAGAACUCUCCCAACGCGGACGACUCUCGCAGCCCCCUGCCUCAACGGCGCAGUCCUGCUCCCUCGCUGGACCGCCUUGCCCUAGAACGUGUUUCCAAACACUCCUCGCUCUCUCUUGACCUCAACGCCAAUGAGAACGACAUGUCUGAGCAGAGCGGUUCAGAAAGCAUCGAGGACGUGGAGGAGCGAGUGGGUUUGCCCCAGGUGCAUGGUCGACUCUAUCUGAACAAGGUGUUCCACAUCAGCGCCACCAAGAUGUUUGAGCUGCUCUUCAGCGACUCCAGCUUCACCCGCAGGUUCAUGAACAUCAGGAAGACAACCAACGCCAGCUUUACUGCUUGGCAAAAAGACGCCUCAGGAAACAUGAAGAGGAGUCUGAACUACACAGUAACCAUCAGCAACCCUCUGAUUGGCAAGUUCUCCACCGCUACAGAGAACCAGAUACUGUACAAAGAAUCCAGGGAUGGUCAGAAUUACCUGGUGGACUCCGAGGUGUACACUCAUGACGUUCCCUAUCACGAUUACUUCUACAUUAAAAAUCGGUACUACAUCAUAAGUAACUCGAAGCGGAAGUGUCGACUAAGGGUUUAUACCGAUGUGAAAUACAAGAAGCAGCCAUGGGGCCUGAUCAAGUCUUUCAUCACCAAAAACUCCUGGAGUGGCAUAGAAGAAAAUUUCCGACAGCUGGAGGUAGAACUGCUGGAGGAGGAAGCAGAGUUGAAUCAAGGAGGUGGAGACUCUGGGAAGACGGGUGGGCUUCGGAGGAGGAGGCGGACUUAUAGCCGGACUCUGCCAGAGCACAUGAAGCCCAAAAAGCAGUAUGGACCAGACCCUGAACAGCAUAGAGAUGGCAACAUGGGUCCCAUAGAAAUGAACAACCUGCACAAAUGGAACACUACGACCAUAGUGGUUGGCAUGAGUCUGAUUUUGCUGAUGCUGAUGGUGAUGAACCUGGGUCUGUUUUUUAAGUUGUGGGCGAUGGAAGACGUGGCCCAUCGCAUGUACCUGACCACAAAGCAGCGGCUGAGGGACAGGACUGAGACCAGCUUAGCCCCCGAAUAUGGGCCACGAUCGGGACCAGAGUAUCGGGCCAGAGAGGAUGCGCAGCUGCUAAAAACUGUACUGCAGGACUCCAUCAACCUUUUAGAACAGCUCCGCAGCUCUCUGCUGAUGCUGCAGCAAACCUUUGCAUUGGCCAAUCGCACAGCAGCUCCACAGUAAUGCUGCACAGAGAUGCUGCACACACGGCGACUGCAGAAUGUCUGUCCCCGGGCCUGUGGAAAAACAACAACAAAGGAACUUUAGUAGUGAACUGUCUCUGAGGAAAUCUCUGGUAUCCAGUGACGUUGCCAUGUGGACUUCCCCAAACCACUGAUGUGUCAUUUGUUGCCAGGGGUUACAGGUCCCAAUGCCUGUGACGGGGCCUCAGGUGCCAGGAUGUUUUUAACGCUGUGGACUGACUGCUGCAAGGAGCAGUAGCCUCAGGUUUCUGAAGGGUGCUGUUGUCUGCUCCCUCGGCUGCCGUCUUUGUCACUCUUUCCUAAAAUGGUGGCAUUGAAUUUCAGCAUACGCCUUACUAUGUGCUGACGAUCGUGCCACACCAAAGGCACUUUUAGAAAUGCUUUUAUUUUUGUUUUAUUCCAGGGAUGUUUUAAUAUAUUUAUUUAAAACAAAACAAUUUUCUCGAUGUACUUUUUUUGCACACGUUUUAAUUUGUUGUACCUCGUAGCCGUGUUUGUAAUAAUACUGUAUAUAAGCCAAAUCUGGUGCUGCUGACGAGGGGCCUUUUUUUUCUUCUUAUUCCUUUUCACACCACAUAUACAUAUUUGAUUAAUUUUCCUCAUACUUCAUGUAUUUUCUUCUACACUGAACCAAGUAUAAUAUAUUGGUUUAAUUUAAAAUUCUAGGUGUAGGGUCAGUAAGACUCUCAGGUUAUCUCAGCACUUUGCUUUCACACUAUCGACACUAGAGGCACGCUUGAUUUGUUAUUUCCAAAUUGACAUGAACACUAUUGUCUUUUUGUGUUAAUUAAUUGUUGGUGACAUGCCCCUACAAUUGUCUUGUUUGAUGUUUACAGUGUUGCUAUCACCGUAGUUUGUGCAUCAUUUUGUACAGCUGUUUUUACUUAUAUCCAACACUGCAAGCAACCGCUUGUUUAAAAUGCGUUGUUUUGUACAUUUUUAGCCAUAUUGCAAUAAGUAAAAACAUGAUUUAUUGCCAUAAUCAUGAGCAGUGCUGCUGACAUUUUGAAUGUACAACAUAUUCGAGCUGAACAUGUUCAUAAAUUAUUUUCUUGAUGAAUUCUUAGUGUCUAUAAAAAGAUCUCAAUAUUAUAAUCUAUAGAA